AUGAAAAUUGGAAAGCCAAGGGGAGACAAUUACAAGCUUGUGCUGGCUAAUUUGCAGCCAACACAAAGGAAUUUCAUCAAACUAUUGGUGACGUGCACGCCAGAAGAUCUCUGCCUACACUUAGAUUCUUUCACUCAGUGGGUCUGGGAAAAAAGUGAUAUGCUAUCCUGGGCACCAGUAUUGAAUCGGUUUGAUGAUAUUUUCCGAUCGUAUCUUGAUCUUUAUAGAGCAUACUUAAAAGGAGAACAAGAUUCGGUCUCAUCAUUCUAUAAUGAGGAUUUGCUCAGGCUAGUCAAGAGCGUCCUAAAGGCAUCUGUGAUGAUAGUAGAAAACUGCACAUCAAAAAGCAUAUACAACUCUUUGGAGUUGUUAGUAUCGUUCCUGGAUGAUCUGAAUCCAGAUAUUGUUUUCUUGGCGACUAAGUUACUUUGUGUAUACUACAGCCGACACAAGAGAAAUGUGGCGCCCAAGGAUGUUCCAGAAAUAUCUGCACGGGUCGCACUUCUAUCACAAACGCCACUUCCUGACGCAACGUUACACGUAUACAGAACUGUAGGGAACUCGACACCAGAGGCUUUAGAUGACUCGUCGACUCCCACUACUUCAGACGAUUUUGAUAGCCUCUCGUAUUCUGAUGUUAUAGAAUACUAUGUAAGCCAAAAAGAGUACCAUGUGACACUGGAUUCUUACAUAGAAAUAGGGCAAGAUGUUACACGUGGUAAUGAUUCGUCUAAAUUACGGAUACCAAUCACGGAUGUCUUGAAUAUUCACGAUGCGGCUACAACGAAAUCAGCUGCGGUACAACAAAACGCAGAGGGUAACGAAGAAUUCUCAACCGCAAUUAUAGCAUGGAAACGAUCUCUCACCACGGAUUUGGAUCUUUACAAACACAUGGUGAAAUCGUUGAGGCUAAUUAUCAAGAAACACAAGAUAGAGGAGUGUUAUUUUGCCGAGCUGAAAUAUAAGUUUUGCAAAGUUUACUCACUCUAUUUCCCAUUUUUGCAGAGAAGGGCUGUGGAUAUGCGUAUCUGCGCUCUUAUUUGCAUGUUAAUAAUGAACAACGCUUCUUAUAACCAGUUUUUAAGCUACAACCCUUCGUUCCUCCUUGAGGUUACGCAUAUGGUUAAAAGACACACUGAACUGGAGAAGCAAACCAUGGUCAUUAUCACAGAACUUUUAUCAGCAAUGGUUUAUGACGGUGUCCAUUGCAAAGUAAUGGCAAACUUAUUCGGAUUGAAUAUGCCACACGGUAUCUUUUCCAAGGUUCUGAGACAUUACCUACACCACGCUUACGAAAAGAUACCAUUACCGCCGUUGCUGCGAUUUAAGGGACAGGAAGACACACAAGUAUUCCCCUCCAUGGCAGAUUUAUGGAAUCAUGACGACCUUGCCCCUUCGGGGGAUGUGGAGGAAGAGGGCCUGAUGGCAUUACAACUCAAGGGCAAGGUAGUGUCUGAUGAAACACACUUGACUGAAUGGGAUAGCAGUUCCCGUGUAGCAUCUGAAAGGGGUAGGACGGAAGUCCAAGAUGAAGAGGAUUCCAUGCGUAUACUCUUACAGCUUUUGGUAGUAUUUUACACCUUCAUUUCCUAUCACGGUUGCAGCAGCGCUUUGACGAAUACCUCAAUACUUGAGGGGGCAGUUGAUUUCAUCAGGGUUAGAGAUCCCGUAUAUUUACCGGUAGUCAUAUAUGUAGUUCAAGUCCUAGAAGCACUUUUGGAUUACAGCCACACGGUUUCACGCAUCCUGCGCAGCGACCUUAAGGUUUUCCACAGGUUUAUAUCUAGGAUGCAAUAUGAUAUGUAUCUCAUAGAGAAGGGCCCAGCUUUUGAUAAUUUUGAAUCAGAAAACACACUUUGGCCGCGGGGAUGGAAAAUUCCUCAAAACGCUGACGUGGCAACACUUAGGAGCUAUUGGAUGUCGAUUAGUGAUGUCAGUGCGCGUCGGUUCUUGUUAAAGACAUUGAUGCGCAACGUCGAUACAGCUGCAAGGUCCAUGACUGGGCGCGGUGAAUCACAGGAUCAUGAUGUGUUUUCAGCAAACGGAGCUAUGGUACCGAUAAUACACUCGGUAUUCACCCACCCGCAAAGAUACGGGCUGGGAGCAUACUGCUCCGCUAUCAAUCUGAUAUCGGACUCACUUAAUGAUGAUCCCGUCUUGCAAGAAGAUCUACAUCAGCUGGAUAUAAUGCCAGCCCUGAUGAGAUCGGUAACUGAGGAGAAUCUGAAAUCUGAGGAAUGUUUGCAUAUCAUUCCAACGGCAAUUUGUGACGUACUAGUACACAGAAGCGGAAGGGAGUAUAUGAAGGAGAAUAACUAUCAACCGAUUUUGAACUUGAUUGAUAUAAUACCAAAGAAAGAUUUUGUACUCUUUGAUCGGUUCGGUGAAGUUGCUUCCACUAUUGGUAUGACUUUGGACAGUGUUGUGCGAAACCAAGAACCGGCUAAUGACGUUAUAAUGCGCCGUAUCAUCAAAAUCAUGUACGAGUUGCUACAAGAAGCGUUAACGUUCCCGCCAUUCAGCCCACAAGAUUCAAGUCAAUGUGCGAAAGACUUUGAACUUCAUAUGCACGAAGUACGCACACAUUCACCCGAGAUUACUUUGGAUAUUUUGACAUUUUUGGAAGGGGUGUCUGGACAUGCUUUUUAUGCUGACAGAAUAUCUCAUUUGGGAAAGUUUUUGUCAACAUUCCUCUGCUUUCCCCAGACACUGUCACACUUUAUGUCACGCGAUGGCUUGAAGCUACUCUACCAGCUGUGCUCUGUGCCGUGCCUCCCGCCGCUAUCUCUGUUGAUAUACUCUCAACACCCCCUAGCGCUGCUUUUGAAGUUCAUAUUGUCACAAGCUCAAACGCCAUCUGUCACUUACAUUCAUGGGCUCUGCAGACCAUAUCUGUUGCAACCUAUGGGAUACCGCAUCCCGCAGACACCUGAGGACCUUGCGAACAAUUUGGACUACAUGAGGAUGUUACAUGGAGUAAGUUACACGCUAUACUUGGCGCAUAGGGAUAACAAUGGAUAUUAUGAAACAUGUUGUAGCGGCAGAUACCAAACUGGAGCUGAAACAAUAUCACGUUGUGAUAUGCACCUCACUGUAAGUGCCUACCUCAAACGUAUGGUAACAGAGUUCCCAUAUCUCAUGAAACAGUACUUCAUGUCGGUCAAUGAUGGCGAUCUUGACACGAUAUUCCUAUUGAGUAGCAAACACAUGUCUCACGAACAUCCACAACUGAAGGCUUACAAGGUGUUCCACCGUGAAACAAAGAAUACGCUGAACACUCCGGAAAUUACCUUCUCAGCCAAUGAUUUGUUCUGGUCAAGCCAGUUUUCUUACGCUUACAGCAUCCCUAAUCCGGCGUACAAAGGAAGCCCAUCACCACAGAUCUCGGAUGACAGUUUUAAGAUGAACAACGAAGUAUGCCGUCUAUGCCUGGUAACAUGUAAAGCGGUAUUGUAUGCACUUACUGGGAUAAUUAACAAAUGCUUACCUGCGUCGGCAGAUGCUAACACAUGUAGGCAAAAUUAUCGAGCGCACCAUUCGGUUUCAUUUUCAUUGCUGUGCAUCAGUAUGUUGACGACCGUACCUUCUUUAGAGAAUAUACAAUCGGGAUCUGGUAUAUUCAUAGAGGGUAUGGAUUGUGCUAACACUGCUAGAUUUGUUGCUGAAGCUAUGGAGAUGACCUACAAAUUCUUCUUAGAUGAACGUGCUAUAGGAGGUAUCUCGCUACUCUCUUUCCUGGUAUUCACCAGGCUAUCUGGCAUGGUCUACGUUAAGAAAGUCUUUGAAUACAUGUGUCCUAUGUAUCUUGGUUGCGCUUUGGCCUUGGCACUACGUAUAAACCCCGGGCUUACAGUUGAAAAUGUCUUGGGCAAUGAUUUGCUAGGAAAUUCGCAGCACCUUGUUACAGUUGCAGAAGCUCUUCUAACAUACGAUUUGAAGAAAAUUAAGUAUACAAUGGAUGUUUUUGGUAAAUCUAUUCAAAUAUGUUUGGGGUUCUUCGGCAAGAUAUGUAACCCAAGGGCAGCGCUCAACAAUCUAAGUGAAACAGAUUAUCUAGGCUAUAUUGCAUCAUCAUCGUUCUGCAAUACCUUCUCUGAUAACGUCGAAAUGCACGACUUGAUGAAUUCAACGGUAUCAAUGAUCGGUUCUGCUUGUUGGGAAUGGUUGCAGCUCAUAGGCUCCCUAUCUGGUAUUGCUCCAGGGAACAGUACAGCAAGCUUACAUUUCUACAUUGCUCCCAAAGUAAUGGGGUCGCUUUUAAAGGUUCACGUCUAUUCUUUGGAUUAUUUGUCUGACGUUCGUCAAGGAGCACUCAGAGCACACUUUGACUCGAAGAAAUCCGGGUCAAACUCUAGUAUCGAUAACACCCAUCUGCCACUUGAUGGUAGCAGUAGUAGCAGGUCACUACCACGUCGUUCAAGACGUCAAAGGAGGACGGGGCCAGGUUCCACUACACAUCUUGAUGCUAGCGAUGGUACUAGGGGCCUCUACAACUUCCGUGAGAUACGAUCGACACUAAUUGAUAUGGGAUUUUCUGAACACGAUAUCUCACGAGCGAUAAGUCACUGUGGUUACACCGAUGUGUCUACUCUGGCCGAUUGGCUGAUAAACCACAUGGAUACUGGCACUGGCCAUACUACAAGGACUAGGAGCAGGGGUUACAGCCGGCAUCACACUGAGGAUAGCACUGCUAAUAACACCGAGAACAAUACUGUGGCCACAGCCCCUGUAGAAAUCGUGGAUGAUAUACCUGUACCUACGGGACCCUCAGAUGCCAUUUGUGACACCGUGAAGAAUUCCAAACUUUUCAGUCUGGAAUGUGGAGAUGUACCUGAUGACGAUAAUAUCUGGGACCUACCAACUUUCGAACGGUUUGACCUCACAGUCUAUUCGGAAUUCCUUAGAUGGAGAGAAGAAGUAGGAUGUAGGUUUGUGGAUAACCUUUUGAUCUUGAGUACCAAAAUGUCUUCAUCACUUUCUUUCAUUUUCGAAUAUAUGCUUAGGGCAUUUUCACUACAGGUGCCACUUACAGUAGAUGCCAAAGCCGACUUGUGUAGGGAUCCAACAGCAAAUAAGCAUGUUGUGGACCUAGUCAACAUCAUAUAUAACGGUCUGGACAAUAUUUCGAACCUACUGUCGGUGUUAAAGUUCUCGAUGACGAAAGAUGCUCUUUUGCCAGUAUUUUGCCCCGCGAUUUUUGCAGAUGACCCAGAGAAACAAGCUGCUUUUGAGAACACAGUACUGGCUGGGAAACCCGUCUCUACCAUUGCGUACAACAUCGAAAUUGCAAAAGUACACGAACAGUUGAUCGGGCUAUUUUACAUAUUAGCUCAUUUGAUAGGAGGUCGGGAGAGUUACACUUCUAUGAUUCUGAACAACGUGAAGAACCCAGUUGAUAUCUUUUUGAACCUAGUGGAAUAUUUCCAGAAGUUACGUUACGAGGCACUCCAAUCAGGUGUUUUGACCUUUGCUGGUAUAGGCAUGAAACCAUCAUUGCCUGGUAUCACAACUUCACUACCAGAUUGGUGUAUGCACAUGGACUUUUCGAAAACCACGACGAAGGAAAAGACACCACAGAAGAUCAAGGUCGACUAUGUGCUCACUAAAUAUGGAUUUAUCAGGAACAGCCCUUUGCCGCAGUCGAGUUGCCCGCCACCGUUCUAUAAAUACGCAAUGGUGUGUAUAAGCGAGCUGUUGAAAAAACAUUCGCUGAUUGGACUCUCCAACAUUCUAUCCUCGUCCAUGGAUCUUAGCCAAAAUGUGGAGAUUUUGUCAGCUACGAAAAAUGUGCCAUAUAUGUCAAAAGGUUCACAACAAAAGUUGGUUAAUACCUCUUUGAACAUUCUGGAGUGUUUCCCAGGUUCGGACUCAGACUUGACAUUCUCCCUGCUCUCGAUACUUGAUAGUCUCACGGAGGUAUAUUCCAAUGCACUUGAGUUCUUGCAUUACACUAGGCUACCGCAACAGGAGAACUAUCCAGCCCAUUUCAACUGUAGGGUCGAUCUAAAUGAUGUGGUUGGCUCAGAUUCACUAUCACUUCUUUUAAUGAUACCUAAAUCGGGCCAGUGCAAGGGUAUGCUGAAAAUGAUAUCUAGCAUAUUCUUGCAUUGUAUGGAGAACCCAGUGGUACUCCGUGAAGCUAUUGAGAAGCGGAUUGUAGCAGUAUUGUCGAAUCAUGAUAACGAGCCUGUGGGUUUAUCGACACUUGUCGAGAAAAUCUUCCCAUUCACAAAGAAAGAUCCUGCCAUGUUGCUCGAAAUAUUGCAAAAACGGUGUGUUCUAACUUUGGAAGAAGGUGCGACUAAUGUAGACCUUAGCACUGCCACUGUUACACUGCGAAGUUCAUCCAGAAUAUCCGACCUUUUGGCAUCCAACGAAGAUCUAAUAUCUCCCGGUAACAUACCUAUCUUGGAAACUUCUAAUAAGGACCGAACAGCUGUUGAUGACUCCGCAGUGCUGUUGCGUGGGAUUUUGAGAACCAUUGUCGUGUAUAUGCAAAUAUUCUGUAAUGUACAUGGGUUGACACGUCUUGCAGGUACCCCUAGCGAAAGUUCGAAACCCGGUUAUCCUCUGGCACUAACGAUCAAUAGCCUGUUUUACGUACUGAACACCAUGUGUCACAACUUCCCGGUACCAGUGAACAGCAACCGUUUGCCUAAGCAUGAAUUUGAUCUCCCCUACACGCCAUUCCCGUGGAAAGUUAACAUGAUAGAUCUGGAAGACAGCCAUCUAGUCUUGGUUUACAUUAUUCGACGUGUAUUUUUGAUGAUUUGUGGCCUCUGUAUCCCGCAAUCUAAGGGCACGUCACAAAAAGAACAUUGUCAAGAGCUCGCUGCAACCCACAAACUGGUAGUAGAUACAUUGAACAGUUAUACCAACUCGAUGCUCUUGAUCAGUUCAAGCAAUAUAGAAAUGUGUUCAAUUAUCUAUGAGGAAUUAAAGGCUCUUCUAUCGUUUUUGAUGGGUAUAAAUGUAAAGGAAUGCGGACCACAUAUUCUUACAGUGGCGACAUACACAGCGUGCAACUUGCUACACAAUCUACUUCAACUGCGUUUCGAAAAUGGUGCACGUGCUGAAUUAUCUGAUGAAUCUGUAUUCCAAAUCAAAAAGUGUUUGGUCAGCAUGCUACACAAGCUUGAGUUAUACAAGGAUGGCGGAACCGUUUUGGCUGGCGCCGUAGUUCGCGAUUUGGUCUUACUCACAAGUCCAAACAAUAGUCGCGCCUCAACACCUGGUCUUAAUGGUGAAGGUCACGAUGGGUUAGAUGGUUACAAGAAAGGGGACAGUGUAGCGGAAGUUGACAUUUCACUAGAUGUAGCAUCUGAUUCAGAAGGUCUGGAUGAAACACCCCUGUCAUCUAAUGAAGAAAUGUCCGAAUCUGAUAGCGAGGAACUCGACGAAUAUAUGGACAAUGCUAUGGACGAGGAUAUUGCCACCGAUAGCGGUGAUGACACCGAAGGAUCUGGCAGUGAUUCGGAAGAUGAAGAUUCACAGUAUGUAUCUGAGAGUGAUGGACAGAGCGCUGAUUCCAUUGAAAGUGGAGAUUUGGAAACUGACGUUUCUGAUGGUGAGAAUGAUGUCGAGAUGGCGUUACCGCAUCAGGUAGAUGAGAACUAUGUCACCAUCAACUCAGAUACUGAAAGUCGUUCUAGCCUUGAUGAAGUGGAUGAUGAAGAAGAUGAUGAUGACGAUGCGCCUCGUAUACGUGUUGUCGGCGAACUUGAUGAGGAGAACCGUGAUGAAACUAUUACAGACGUGAUUGAGGAUACGCGUCCGCACAUCAAUAUUGCGGAGGAUGACCAUGGCGAACUUCUCAGCGACUAUUCUUCUUCAAGUGAAGGUGGAGAAUUUGGGGAGGGUGGCAAUGCAGCAUCUGUACCAAGUGCAUCUAACAGCAUAGGGAGCAACAACAUGUCGAUAAAUAUCGAGGAUCAAUCAAUGACUUUACCAGGAACUGGCAACAAUGGAAUAAGGAUACAAAUAGAGAUUUCUAAUAACCAAGGUUCAAUGCGAUACAUGGAUUCUUCUUCCAAUUUACCAGCAGUUCCUAACAUUGUGGAACGCCCGAUUCAUGACACUGUUGUGAUGAACCAUACGUGUUCUAGCAACAACAGCGAAACUUGGGCUAGCAAGGAUGAUUUAGUGGUACCUUCGAAGCACCCGAUGUUACCUUCUUCAAGGAAAUAUGUAACGCAUGCUACCGAUCCUCACGGAGAGAUCAUCAAUUUGAUCGCCUUGAGUUUACCAAGGGCACAAUUGCCCAAGUCUGUGCCUAUAGAUGUUACGGAACCACCUGCAGAACAACAGCCGAUUGUAGUACCAGAUGAUCCGAUUGUUGAUGAUGUUGAAGUUAGUAGCUGCCCUGCUGCAGAUCAUGUAUCUCCAGAGGCUGAACCCACCGUUGCUUCACCUCCCGCAUCUUCAUUGUCAUUGCCAUCUGGAUAUGAAAACCGCCAUUUGGAGCGCAUUGCUGCAGCAUUAGGGAUAAGCUACCAAGAACUCUUCACUCUGGCUAAUAUGGAUGCUACCGUUAUUGCAGAGCUUCCCGAGGAAAUUCGCGAAGAAAUCAUAGCACAGCAAUUGAACACUAUCGAUGCCGACGCGCUGACAGCACUAAGGGAUGGUCGUCAUACCAGCAUUCCUACACGACCUUUGACUCCUCCGACACAAGAGGAACUGCGUUACAUCGAUUUCCUCCCACGCACAUUGCGUAGCGAAGUUCUCAAUACCAUGUAUACAGAGCAUACUCCUCAAUAUUCCAGUGUUAGUUUGGGUGCGCAUUUUGGACACAGUGAAGCAAAUUUCCUAGCUGCUUUGGGUCCAGCACUACGCAACCAGCUAUUCCCAGGGACACCUCAAGAGUUUUUCGAGAACUUGGCACCGGAAAUUAUGGGCAACCGACCAAGUGAUCCCAACGCUAGGCCUACGUCUACCCACUCAUUGCUCAACGCCCAUGCGCUGCUAUCAAAUAUAGCAAGUCUUGCUGAACUCUCAAAUCCAGACCGUCAGAAUGCUGAUAACCCGGAAGGUAGACCACCUUCUCUCACGUUUGGACUUAUAAUUGGGGAGUUACAAAAUGAGGAGAGUGACACUCAACAAGAGUCGAGUAGUUCACAGCUACGUAGUACGGGAGAUUCGAGAAGGUUCCCCUCUAGCCUUUAUCGACGUCGUAAUGAAGGUAGUUCACGUGGUCUCAAUGACAUAUUCUUGUUCGACGAUCAUGGACUCCACGCAUCACGUUCUGCAAUGAGUACGUUGGAUAAUAUCGAAGAGUUGAAUGAUAAUUUGGAUCCUAUAAACCUGCAUAUGGAUGCUUCAGAUCCUUUCGUAACAGCCAAUCCUCGCCGUAGUAAUCUUGACGAAAGGAUUAUACAAACUCUGCCUCAACUGUUCCAUACAUUCCAACCACAUCUAUUUAACAUUUUGGCUUCCGGAGUACGCACUGGAAAUAAUACCGCUAUGAUUACGAACCAAGGAACAACGGACCCGGUAGUACGUAUCGAUUCCAACAUCGAUAUUUCCUGUGAGAAUUUGGUUGACAGUGUGGUCAGGAUAAUACCUCGUUCAGCUUGUGAAUCUCGUACUCCUACUUUUGGUGAGAGGACGUGUAAACUGCUUGAUAUGUGCAACAGUUUUAACGGCGAGUUUGCGGAAGCGGAUAUAGUUGGUAUAUGUAAGGUUAUGUACCUCAGGGAUGAAAUUAAUAAGAAAAUUUAUUUCAAAUUGCUUCAUAACUUGGUGGUUUCAGACCUACACACUUGCCACCUUUUGAUGAAAUGUUUCCUAUACAUCAUCCAUACGUCUAUCUUGGCCCUGAGCCAUAGCAGCAUCUCAACAAUUAGGAGUGACGAGUUCUUCCAAACGUUACCAAGGCUAUGCAAUUCACGUAAAGAUGAUUUCCCACCAUCUCAUUUGUAUGGAGCAUUGCCUUACAAAUACGUUUCUCUCAGCGGUCGAUUAGAUACGGAACCUAAAGAACCAAUACCAUACGGACUAAAUGCUGGGUCAAAUGCUCUUAAUCCGUUAUAUAUGGAUCUAAAUGUUGUGUCAUCAAGCUACGUGUCAUCGGAACGUGUAUUGGAGCAGUUGCGCAGUAUUAUGAUAGCUCAACCUGCCACAAUGAAUUUCUUCAGUGUUCGGAUAGCUACGUUACAUCCAAACGAUGGGUCGUCUGCCGGAGACUCUAGGCGAAAACGUAACAAAACAUCUGGCACAGAGGAUAUGGAAUCGGCACGUCCAACGCAUCUAUAUCCCAUAGGGUUCCUCUUUAUGGCCACAGCAACCAAAUUGUUCCAGUCAUCACCCAAAUUGAUGAACCAUCUUUUGAUGGUAAUACAACAUUUGAUUGUGAGCUCACCUGUUCCAGACCUCAAGGAAUAUAUGGCAAGGGCUGAGGCUGUGAUGGCAGCGGCAGAACAGAGGGCUGCUGCUGCCGCUGCACGGGAAUCCGGUGAAGCUGGAUCGGACAGUGAAGCUAUGGAUGAGCCUGAUACUGCUUCAAGGCCUCCGGGGUUGCGUCGUCGUAAUGAUGCAUUCAGUUGUUCACAGAGGGAGAUACUCAACAGUCUGGAUCACGAUGCUAUAGCAGUGUUCCUUGAUGUCCAUGCGUCAUGGCGUCACCAGAGCAAUUGGUUACAGACUGCUCAAGGAAACCGUGAUAGUACCUCAAGUUCACAAAUGCAAAUUGUAUCCAAGAUCCUAUCGGUGCUAUAUCUCACCCCAAAACAUCAGGCAGUGGUUCGCGACUUUUUCAUCAAUCGUUUAAAGGGGCUUAUAGAAACACUGUGCAGGUCGUUGGAAUCGGCUUCACCUACCGGAGUUGUCUCGCUUGAUGCAAUCCAGCUUAAGGGUCCUGCUUUUACUGGCGAAAUGGUAUGCGAGCUGGAACACCGUAUUGGUGCUUUGGUGCGUAUAGUGAAUCUGGUAAACGACAUGUUUGCUGAAACAGCCAAAUGUCAUGUGGUAUUUGAUGACACAGUAGUUGAUAGGACUCCGGGAACCCUUAACGAGUUUUACAAUCAAUUGGAUUUCGACAAUCUUUGGACGGCUCUCGACUCUGUCUUGAUGACUUUAUCAAAGGCUACAGCACCACCUUCAGCUACGGAACCUCUCAGCCUCUCCAAUUCUGCGUCGUUCAGCACACGUGAUAACCUUAUGGAUAACCCUGAGGUUGUGGAACAGAUGGUUAUGUUGGUACCUCUUAUCGAGGUAUUUUUGUCAAUUAUGCAAAUUCGUGUGACGCUGGACUACAUGUUGGAUGCAGUGACUGAAUUGGAUAACGCGAUGUCAUUCGUAAACUUUGACUACGAACUUCCAGAAGACAAUUUGGAUUUCCUUGCAGUCGCACGUCAGGAACGUGUGCCUCCUAAAAAGGAGCCUUGGGAGGGGGAAGAUGCUAGUAUGGAGAUGUCACCUAACCAUCUGAGCCUAGUAUACUUUACGGAACGACAUUCAAGGGCACUAAACUGUUUGAUUAAACAGACACCGUCGCUACUGUCUACCAGCUUCAUAGCGAUUGUACGUCUUGCACCAAACUGUUUGAACUUCGAUAUCAAACGUCAAUACUUCCGCCAGAAGCUGAAGGAAGGUCGUCAGGGAUUGCGUCUUGAAACUGUGCGCAUUAACGUUCGUCGAGAACAUGUAUUUUUGGAUUCUUACCAUCAAUUGCGUCUACGUAGCGGUGAUGAGAUGAAAGGGAAAUUGUCAGUUUCUUUCGGAGGUGAAGAAGGUGUUGAUGCCGGAGGGUUAACCCGUGAAUGGUUCAAUAUCCUUGCUAGGGAGAUGUUUAACCCCGACUAUGGUUUGUUCCGUCGCGAGGGCAGGAAGCAAGAGUUUAACCAUCCAAACCCGCUAAGUGGUAUCAACCCUGAUCACCUGAACUUCUUCAAGUUUAUAGGCAGAGUAAUUGGAAAGGCAGUGUAUGAUGGACAGCAUAUUGACGCAUACUUCUGUCGUUCGUUUUACAAGCAUAUGUUGUGCCGCAAGAUAACGCCCGCGGACGCUGAAUCUGUAGAUCCACAGUUCUACGAAAACCUUACGUCUAUUAACAACUGCAAGUUGGAGGAUAUAGGACUAGAGUUGUUUUUCUCUACCGAGAUCGAUGAGUUUGGGAAAGUAAAGGUUAUUGAUUUGGUGCCCGACGGACGUAAUAUCCCAGUGACGGACGAAAACAAACAGAAGUACAUCGAGCUGUUAUGUCGUCACAAAGUUACAAACGGUAUUAAGGACCAACUGGAAGCCUUUAUGUCAGGUUUCCAGGAACUGAUACCACCUGAAUUGAUCUGUAUCUUUGAUGACAAGGAGCUCGAACUUUUGAUUAGUGGCAUUCCUACCAUAGAUUUGGAUAACCUGAGGAGGAAUGUUGAAUACGUAAGCUACAGCGAGCGUAGUGAGCAGAUAGUGUGGCUCUGGGAAUUUUUGGAAGGCCUCGACCAGAAUAACCUAGCAGCAUUUUUACAGUUUGUAACUGGAACCAGCCGCGUACCCCUUGGUGGCUUCAAGAAUUUAAUGGGUAUGCGGGGACCACAAAGACUUUCUAUACAUAGGACGUGUGGUAGUGAUAGGCUGCCGUCAGCACAUACGUGCUUCAAUCAGCUUGAUUUGCCAGCAUAUCCUACCCGCGAAAAGCUUCAUCAGAAGAUGAUGCAAGCUAUUAUGGAGGGAAAGGAAGGGUUUGGUUUCAUUUAA